AUGCCUUCCGAGGCCGUUGAACUCAUCCAGGAGUACCUGGAUUUCCUCCGCCCUGGAGAGAUGGUUCCAAGGAUCCAAGCAACAUACCCUGAAGUCACGGCAAACCAGGUCCAUACCGCAUGGCGGGAGCUCAGCAAAGCACAUUGGUAUCGAGCCGAACAGCAACUGGAAUCUGUCACAAUUCUUCUUGGCGAAUCACGGUUUCAUGACGACAUUGAUGUCUUCCAAUUGUCGGAUGUACCUGACGGGGUGGAUAUUGUUGCAUGGGGGAUGAAGAAGAUUGCUGGAUCCCUUGAGGGAUCCAUCGUUGAGAUUGGAAUGGAUGCUACUUAUAACACGAACUCGAAGCAUUUGGAAUUGUAUAGCAUCAUGGCUGAAUAUGAUAACGCUGGCUAUCCGUUGUGCUAUUGCCUCCUCACAACAGCGACCGCGAUCGAUCAGAAGAAACGGACCAAAUCACUGGCAUCAUUUGCCUCGGCAUGCAAGAAGAUGUAUGGCGUUGAACCCACGUUCGCCCAUCUGGACAAGGACAUGGCGGAGAUUGGGUGUGUCAAGGAGGUCUGGCCCAAGGCGAAGACAAACAUUUGCUGGUGGCACCUUGACCGUGCCGUCAGCAAGCGCUUGUCAACGAACAAGCUCCAGACGACCCCUUACAAGUUACAACGCCAGCCGUGCUCAUCUACCGACAUCGCCGACUACGAGGGAGGACUUCCCGAGGACAUUACCCCUCCGGCGGUUCCGUCGGCACUCACAGCAGGAAGGCAACCAGGGGUUGGCCUCACAAUCCGUGUGCCCGCCCUCACCCAAAAGCCACCACUCACACAGCCUCAAGCAACGGAAACCACUGCGCCCGACACAGAGCUAAGCCCCAGCGUAAAGCCAGAAGGCGGUCAGCAAGCCCCGCCUGCCCGGAGCAGCCAACGGAUCUUCUGCCCCGCAGAGCACCGGCCAAAAAUACGGCGACUGAUGGAAAAGCAUUACUGCGCCCAUCCACUCAUCCCUGGCGAGUCUGGGCCGACAACGACAGAAAUAAAACGAUGGGCGGUAUCGCAAAUGUAUAUGUAUUGCAUAUCGAAUGAGCUACCGGAGGUGUGGGCCUACUUGUGGGAGAACUGGUACCGAGAGGGACGAUGGGAGCUGUGGGCGAGAUCGGUGCAUAGCCAGAUACCGGUCCUGAAGACAACGAUGAUACUGGAGGCGCACUGGAGACGCAUCAAACGUGAUUUCCUCAAUAAAUUCCAUAUGCCCCGUUGCGACCUCCUCGCCUGGAUACUUGUCACGAAACUGGCGCCGACGUAUUACCGGAAACUUGCGAGGGUGUUCACCGAUACAGGGCGUUACCGAGAGCUAGCUAGCUGGAGGAAAGAUUUCAAAAAACGAUGGAGGGCGCUUGAGACCAGGCCCAUCACACAACCAAUGAAUGAUGCUUACCGGCCAGACGUAGCACUGUGGGUGUGCACUUGCCCCUCAUUUGCGACCAGCCGAUUCCUCCUCUGCAAACACCUCAUCCAAAGAGUCCACCCUGUCCCUGCUCUCUUCUUCGCCGAAGUGAAACGCGCCCGAACAACACCAUUCUGGAGCCACUCAACGUUGAUCCCGCUGGCAAGUGACGACAUCGAUUCGGAGCCAUGCGAUGACGGACAGCCGGAGCCCAACGAAUGCAACGACGAGGAAGUCCGUUCUGUAUAUUCGGAUGAGUCUGACAUUGACGAAGAAUUGGAAAAUUUCGUACCAAUGCCCGGUGGUGGAGCGACCUUCGAAGAAGCGAUGCACGAAAAAAUAAAACUUAUUCGUGACUUUGCGGAUGGUCUUGAGUAUCAGAUUCAAUUCCGAGAUGACAGACUGCUGCAUACCUUGGAGCGGCAGGGAGCUGCAUUUCUGCGACUGGCAUUGGAGUGUUUGGAGAAAGAGAAGAGGAUGCGAGCAACGAGGGGGCCCAACCCGUUGACGUGGGACAGUUCCACGACAAAUGCGAUGUUUUACCGCAGUCGUCCGAACAAUUCCCGAGCCGUCGACAUAACCCAUCAAACUCUGUUCUCAAAAUAG